AUGGCGGCUUCUUCUCCGGUGCCGGCAGCAUUGCUGGCCGUGUGCGCCUUAUUGCUCGCCGUGUCGCUCCACAGCGCCGGGGCGCAGCAGCAGCUGAGCUCGUCGUACUACGACGACUCGUGCCCGAACGUCUACGGCACGGUGCGGCGCGUCGUCCAGCAGGCGCGCGCCGCCGACCCGCGCAUCCUCGCCAGCCUCAUCCGCCUCCAGUUCCACGACUGCUUCGUCAACGGCUGCGACGGAUCGCUGCUGCUCGACGACAGCCCGACCAUAAACAGCGAGAAGAACGCCCUCCCCAACACCAACUCGGCGCGCGGGUUCCCGGUGCUGGACGACAUCAAGGACGCCUUGGAGAACGCCUGCCCGGGCAUCGUCUCCUGCGCCGACAUCGUCGUGCUCGCCGCCGAGGUCUCCGUCGACCUGGCGGGAGGGCCCAGCUGGAAGGUGACGCUGGGGCGGAGGGACGCCACCACGGCCAGCUUCGACGGCGCCAACAACCUCCCAGCCCCGACGGAGGACCUGGACGUCCACCGGCAGAAGUUCGCCGCCGUCGGGCUCGAGGACGCCGACUUCGUCGCCCUCCAAGGCGCGCACACCAUCGGCCGGGCGCAGUGCCGGUUCAUCCAGGACAGGCUCGACAACUUCAGCGGUACCGGGCAACCGGACCCGACGCUGGACGGGGCGUUCCUCAACGCCCUGCGACGGAGCUGCCCGGCGUCAGCGGGCACCGGCAACACGCGCCUCAACAACCUCGACCCGGCCUCGCCCGACGCCUUCGACAACAGCUACUACGCCAACAUCGUGCGCAACCGCGGCCUGCUCCGCUCCGACCAGGUGAUGCUCUCCGCGCCGGCCGGCGCCGCGGCCGCCACCGCGCCCAUCGUCCGGCGCUUCGCCGGCAGCCAGGAAGAAUUCUUCCGGAGCUUCGCCAGGGCGAUGGUCAAGAUGGGCAACAUCGCCCCGCUCACCGGGAGCAUGGGGGAGGUCAGAAGGAAUUGCAGGGUGGUGAACAGAAGCUGA